UUUCAAGCAAUCAUCAUCGUUGCCAUAAUUUAUAAGUUAUAAAAACAAAAUAUUCAGAAAAAUGUUUAAAAUGUCUGAAAUAAUCGAUUUGAUUCGUAAAUUGCCCAAACUAUUUUAUAUUAUGAUAUUUCGUGAUCUCGUGUGUGCAAUAUUAUUUUUUACAUUUCAAAUACGUAUACGAUGGAUUCUACGACAAAAUCGUGUAUUAAUAAAAUAUUUUGAUUAUAAUGUACAACGUUUUCCAGAAAAAACAGCUAUACAUUUUAAUGAUGAAUGUUUUACAUUUAAAAAUAUUUCGGAUUUAGCACAAAAAAUAUCCAAUUGGUUUGAAACAACAUUACAAUUAGGACAUGAUGAUGAAUGGGAACAAUUGAAUCAUACAAAACAAACAGGUGAUGAUGAUUUUCCAUUAAAUCGUGAAGCAAAAAUAUUAAAAAAAUUUGAAAAUAAUAAACGUUCAACACAAAUCGGUUUAAUGUUUGGUAAUAUACCGGAAUUGGCAAGUUUUAUUAUCGGUAUUGCACGUGUACGUUGUUCAGCUGUUUUAUUCAAUACAAACACACGUCGUGAUUUAUUAUUGAAUUCAUUUCGUGCAACCGAUUGUAAAAUAUUCAUAUUUGAACCAAAAUUUCUUUCAGCUAUACAAGAUAUUGCUGAUGAAUUACCGGACAUACGAUUUUUUAUGUAUGAUCGUAAUGAAUCAAAAAAUCAAAUUAUUAUCGAUCAAUAUUAUAAUGGUAUUAGUCGACAGGAUUUAAUUGAAAAUACUAUUGAACCAUCAUCAUGGAAAUUUGCAUCGAUUUUAAAUGCAUAUCCAAUAACGGGGGUUAAAAAAAAUUAUCCAUAUAAAAUGUCCGAUAUGGUUCAAUUUAUGUUUACAUCCGGUACAACUGGUGGUAAUAUUAAAUGUGUACCAGUCGAUAAUGUACGUUAUAUUGGUGGUAAUCUUUCACAUAAAUUAGUUUUCGGUUUUCGUAAAUCCGAUCAUUUUUAUGUUUGUUUACCUUGUUAUCAUGCAUUUGCUGGUGUUAUUGGUUUAAGUUCAAUAUUUAUUGAUGGUAAUACAAUUACAUUGGCUGAAAAAUUUUCAGCAUCCAAAUUUUGGAAUGAUUGUCGUAAAAAUCAAUGUACAAUUGCAUUAUAUAUUGGUGAAAUAUGUAGAUAUCUAUUAGCACAACCCGAACAAUCGGAUGAUCAAAAACAUUCAUUACGUAUGUUAUUCGGUCUGGGUCUGAAUAAAGAACAUUGGAUUAAAUUACGUAAACGUUUUAAUAUACCAAAAAUUGCUGAAUAUUAUGGAUCAAGUGAAGGAAAUAUUCUUAUUGCUAAUCAUCAAAAUGUACCCGGUUCAUGUGGUUUCAUACCAUAUUAUUAUGGUCCAUUACUUUAUGCAUUAUGGCCAUGUCAUAUAUUAAAAGUUGAUCCAAUAACAUUAGAAUUAGUACGAGAUUCAAAAACUGGUCUUUGUAAAAUGGCUAAAAAUGGUGACCUUGGUAUGAUGGUCGGUGAAAUACGUAAAGGACAAAUAUUUACUGAAUAUCUUGGCUAUACAUCAACAGAAGAAUCUACCAAAAAAUUAAUACGUAAUGUACGACAACAUGGUGAUUUUGUUUUUGUUUCCGGUGAUCUUAUGGAAAUGGAUUUUUAUGGUAAUCUUUAUUUUAAAGAUCGAACCGGUGAUACUUUUCGUUGGAAAGGUGAAAAUGUAUCAACAACCGAAAUUGAAUCAAUCAUUACACAAUUUAUUAAUCAUCAAGAUUGUAUUGUUUAUGGUGUUAUUGUACCUGGUCAUGAAGGUCGUUGUGGAAUGUUGGCUAUUAAUUCUAAAUCCAAUGAUAAUUCAACAACAAAUAAUAAUAAUAAUCAAAUUGAUUUAGAUAAAUUAUUGGAAUUUAUGAAAACUCGUAUACCGGAAUAUGCAAUACCAAAAUUUAUAAGAUUUACUGAACAAAUUCAAUUAACUGGUACACAAAAAUAUAUUAAAUAUCCAUUACGUGAACAAGGUAUUGAUUUGAAUCGUUUUGAACCAAAAACUGAUCAAAUUUAUUAUUUUGAUCUUGUAUUACGUUUAAAAUGGAUGAUUUGGACAAAUCAAACAUUAAUACAUUGUUUUGAUAGUGUUUUACAUCGUUUUCGUAAUCGUACGGCAAUUAUUUAUCAUGGUGAAAAAUAUUCAUAUCAAACAUUAGAUGAUUUAGCAAAUAAAAUAUCAAAUUGGUUUGAAAAUUAAUUGAAAAAACAACAACAAUCAAAAAAUGAUGAUAAUUCAUCAUCAAAUGUUUUAAAUAUUGUACGACGACAUCAAAAUUCAAUAAAAAUUGGUUUAAUGUUUAGUAAUGUACCGGAAUUGGCAAGUUUUCUAAUCGGUAUUUGUCGUGUACGUUGUGCUGCUGUAUUAUUUAAUUAUAAUCAUCGAAAUGAUCUGUUGUUGAAUGCAUUUGAAGCAUCCAAUUGUAAAAUGUUUAUAUUUGAAUCAAAAUAUUUGCCAGCUUUAAAAGAAAUUGCCGACCGAUUACCUGAUGGUAUACGAUUCAUAAUGUAUGAUCGAAAUAUACGAAAUGAUUCGGGAAAACAUGAAAAGAAUUUAGAUUAUAAAGGAUUUACACGUGAUGAUCUUAUUAAUGGAAAUAUUUUGGAAAAUGAUGAAAAAUUUUCCCAGAUUCUUGAUUCAUAUCCAGUAACACGUGUACGGAAAAAUUAUACAUACAAAAUGAAUGAUAUAAUUGCUUAUAUAUUUACAUCUGGUACAACUGGUGGCAAAAUUAAAGCUGCUGCUGUUAAUAAUUAUCGUUUUGUUGCUAUUAAUUUAUUAAUGUAUUUUGCAUUCGGUAUUGAUUCAAAGGAAAAUGUUUAUGUUUGUGUACCAAUUUAUCAUGGAUUAGGUUGUAUAAUGGGUAUUGGUUCUACAUUUAUUAAUGGUAAUAUUACAACAUUAGUGGAUAAAUUUUCUGCUUCGAAAUUUUGGAAAGAUUGUUAUGAAAAUAAAUGUACAUCUGUAAUCUAUAUUGGUGAAUUAUGUAGAAUAUUAUUAUCACGUCCACCAGGUGAUUAUGAUCGUAAACAUUCAAUAAAAAAAUUUAUGGGUGUCGGUAUGAAUCGUUUUGUUUGGGAAAAAUUCGUUAAAAGAUUUCAUAUUAAAAAUAUUUAUGAAUAUUAUGGUUCAACCGAAGGAAAUACUGCACUUUUUAAUCUUUUACAAGUACCUGGUGCAUGUGGAUUUUUACCAUAUUAUUGGGGUAAAAUUAUGCGUUUAUUUUAUCCAAUAUAUUUUGUUAAAGUUGAUCCAGAUACAAAAGAAAUUGUACGUGGUGAGGAUGGUUUUUGUGAAAUGGCCAAACCAGGUGAAACUGGUAUGUUAAUCGGUGAAAUAAGACAAAAUUCCGAAACAACACAUUUUCUUGGUUAUGCAUCGGUAAAAGAAUCAUCGAAAAAAUUAGUACAAAAUGUUAGACGUAAAGGUGAUUAUGCAUUUGUUUCCGGUGAUCUUAUGGAAAUGGAUUGGGAUGGUAAUCUUUAUUUUAAAGAUCGAACAGGUGAUACAUUCCGUUGGAAAGGUGAAAAUGUUUCGACAACCGAAAUUGAAUCAAUCAUAUCACAAUUUAUUGAUCAUAAAGCAUGUAUUGUUUAUGGUGUUGAAAUACCUGGUUAUGAAGGACGUUGUGGUAUGACAGCAUUAACUGAUCGAAAAAUUGAUCUGGAUAAAUUAUAUGAUUAUAUGAAAAAACGUGCACCUGAAUAUGCUAUACCGAAAUUCAUUCGAUUUUUAGAUGAAAUUGAACAUACAAGUACACAUAAAUAUAUUAAAUAUACAUAUCGUAAUGAUGGUAUUGAUUUGAAAAAUUUAAAACCAAAUGAACAGAUUUAUUAUUUUGAUCGUCAAACACAACGUUAUCAUUUAAUGGAUAUGGAUAUUUAUGAAAAAAUUAUUAAUGGUUCGAUACGAAUUUGAUCAAUAUUUAACCAAUCAAUCAAUCAAUAAAUCAAUCAUCAUCACCAUCAUCGAUUUGGAAUCCCCUCAACAUCUAACAUUCUUUCAGGCUAUAUUUUUAUAUUUUUAGUAUUAUAAAUACCUAUUACCAAAGGGGGGAAUUAUUUAUAAUUUUUUGUUUUAAUAAUAAAGUUUUUUUUUGCCCCUUA